CCACUAGGGAAUCUUCUAUGGAAAAAAUGCUUUGGGAGCUUGCAAGCUCUACCUGCAUCAGCCGUGAACUCCUUCAGCUAUGGCAGGCUUUGGGGAUGACACUUGCUGUGGAGGGUGUCAGCCAGCAGCUCCUGCUCACAGGCAAGCUCCUGUGACCUCAGCAACGGUGCUGGAAACAGUUGUCAAAGUCAGAGUCACAUAGCAACUAGUCUCAAAGUCCCUUGCUGAUGUGUACCAGUGCAUCAUCAUCUACAGAUGUGUGUACAGUGGUCCUUCAAAAUCAGUUUUUGUGUCAUUCCAAUGGUGUGUUUGUUUUGUACUACUGUGGUUUGUUCACAGCCUAUCAGCAAUGCCACCUCCAGGUUGGUUCAUUAGCAUAUCAAAACCUGCCUUAGGCUUGGCUCCCAGCUAAGCUACUUUGUGGCUGGCUCUUGCCAUCAUUAGGUUAUUUUUUCCAAGUCACAUGAAAUGAUUUCACUUAUGUUCCUAACAGGUGCCAUGAGAACCACCUACAGCAUAGGUACGGACAUGGGGUCAUACAGAGCAUGAUAUAUUUCUAGGAAAGAGGAGCGCUAGAGGCUGGGUCCACACAAGUGGGAAGAAAGGAGGGGUUGAAAUGAUGCUGAUCAGUUGUCCUGUGGGUGCUGGGAGAUCUAAAAAUGGCUGGUCAAGGGCAGAAGGAUCCUCCCACACAUACAAAAAAAAUCAUGUGGGGAUCAUGGGCUUGGAUGUGAAGGGAUAGCAGGGGCCAGAUAAAGGCUCAGUAGUGGCACACCAGCAUGUGUGCAAACAAGAAGUAAGGGGCCUUAAAAGGCAGUAACAAGCAAGGAAGAGUAGAGAGAGAGUAGGACUGAAGAUGGACAGUGUUAGCAUUCCUUCUAGGCUCUGCCUAGCAGUUACCUGGCAACAGCCAAGUAGGCCUGGCUUGCUAUAAAAGGGACUGUUUGGUGUUUCUCUCUCUCUCUCUCUCUCUCUCUCUCUCUCUCUCUCUCUCUCUCUCUCUCUCUCUCUGUUUUUAAAUAAACUCUAUUCUACAUUAUACCCAUUAUAUGGCUGGUACCUCAGGGGGAAGGAACGCCUCAGCAUGGGCCCACCAAGGCACCCCUACCUCACCAUGGUGCUCUACAAAAACAUAUCCUGGUCUUUUUUAAAACACAACAGAUUGUGCAGCUAACAGUAACUGGCCUUGACUCUAGAUAGGAUGGGUUGAAGGGAAGGAGGGGCCUGAGAUACAGUCACUGCUGAGGAGUAUGGACAGCCCACCCAGGCUGGGCACAUACGAGGAAGAGCAGCACUCCACUCUUGCCUUCUCUCAGCAAGAUCUGUCUGUCCAUCUGUGUGCUCAUCUCUCUCUCUCUCUCUCUCUCUCUCUCUCUCUCUCUCUCUCUCUCUCUCUCUCUGUUACAACAGGAAACCAAAUAUUUGCUGUGCUGAAGAGCCAUGCUAGGCAAGUGUUACACUCCUUCAGCUACCUCAAACAAAAUACUUUUUAAUUCCUUACUAUAGUUUCUAAUUUUUAAUCUUGAAAAAAAUUGGUGAGAUAUUUUCUUUUCCUUCCUCAAACAGAAAAGACAUAGUUACCUAUACAUGGUCUCUACUGUAUAUGAAAUUUUUAGACUCGUUUCCCUCUUGUUUCCCUGUGUUUAAAAAAGAAAAGAAAAAGACAAUGGUUAGAAGGUACGAUAGCUGUUGGUUCUGGGAGUUCACCUGUCCUGACUGGCUUGUCAUAUAGGGGCUUGGGCUAGACCAUGACAUGACAGCUCUUUACCUGCAGAACUGAGCUGGAGGACACAUUCUAACCUCUGGGAUAAUGACAUUUUGAUAAAGAUUUUAAAAAAUGAUUUCACUUUGCAAGACAAACAGCUAAUAAAAUAGAUUCUUUUUUGGUAACCACCCAUACAGCAAUCAAUCUGUCACUCGAAAACCUGGCUCCCAAGAAGUGUGAAAUGAGGCCACACUGGAGUUCUUUGGGAACAGAGGGCCAGAGAGACCUUCCCCUCAACCAGACUCCAAUUGCCAUCCAAACAGGGAGAGCUCAGAUUCAGAAAACAGGAAACACAACUGGGUUGUUCGCUCAAUCCAGACUUGGGGGAUCGGGAAGGGGGAGCAGUGCUGUCUACAUCAGUCUGCCAACUCUUCCUUGGUGUCUCACCCUUUUCUAUCCCAUCCCCAUUGAGUAACAACAACAAAAAAUGCAUUUCCCACUCAGGGCUGAUGGAGUGACUCACACCCCAGGGGCCGCUUCUGUGUUACAGCCAUUCAAGCAGGAACUUAAAACAAAGGGUCAUUUCAAAACCACCAGAAAAAGAUCAAUAGAACAAGCCUUAGUCAUAAGAUAUAUCACCUCUGUGUCCACCUGAGGCCACCUAACUCCCUUGUUCUCUCUGUUUCUAACUCUGCCUGGAUGCCUCUAGAGUUUUCUGUCGUUAUUGAGGGAUGGGAAAAAGAAGGCAGAGGAAAUGAAAGGGAGAAAGAAAAAGAAAAGGUGCCCUGUUGCACACAGAGCACAGCUGAAAUCCUUUCCACUCUUUUUAGAAACAAGAUAGAACAAAUAAACUAUUUAGCCAGAAAGCAGCUCUAACUGAAGUCUCUGGCUGUUACUGCCCUAAACUUGGAAGGAAAUCAGAUUUCUACAAAUGCUAACCAAUAAGCAGGAGCAUCGACACAGAGCGGGCCCUCAAUAAAUAUCAACUGAUUUAGCUUCGAAGUGAUGCAGUCUGAGCUGGGGCUGGGGGGUGGCUAACACCUGUAAGGCAGGAAGACUGCCUCAGACUGAAGGAAUCUGAGAUAGAGAUAGACUGUCUCAACAAACAAACCCCCAAAUGACCAAAACCACGGAUCUCAAAGAUCUGAGGAACAAAUAAAACUCGGUAACAGGUCUGGAGAGAUGGCUCAGCGGUUAAGAGCACUGACUGCUCUUCCAGAAGUCCUGAGUUCAAUUCUCAGCAACCACAUGGUGGCUCACAACCAUCUGUACUGAGAUCUGAUGCCCUCUUCUGGUGUAUCUGAAGACAGAUACAGUGUACUUAUAUAUAAUAAAUGAAUAAAUCUUUAAAAAAAAAAAAAAAACUCGGGGCUGGGGAUUUAGCUCAGUGGUAGAGCGCUUACCUAGGAAGCGCAAGGCCCUGGGUUCGGUCCCCAGCUCCGAAAAAAAAAGAACCAAAAAAAAAAAAAAAAAAAAAAAAAAAACAAACAAAAAAAAAAAACUCGGUAACAACUUAAAAAGUCCAAAACGAGAGGGGGGAAAAGCCCACAAAGAUGAACAGAUCUAGAAGACAAUGGCUGGAUCCCAGUGUGUACAGAAAGGAACUGAGAACACCUGGAAGAAGUGAUUGACAGAAAGCUGAGACAGAACAAAGGAGUCAGGGGUGCUGGGAUGAAGGCACAAAACAAACCCAAAACAUAGAAAACAGGAGCAAAUGACUGAGUUGGAAAAUGGGAGGUGACAACAUGGCACUAAUCUGAGCAUAGAGGGAGGCCCAAGGCGUGCAGCCUUCAGUAAGGGGAAGCCUCAGGUGAGGGGAGUAGCCAAUACCCUCCAGAGAGCUAAAGUCCACGGUGCCUUUCAAGUUUAAUUCUGAGGAGAAGAAGUGAGCAUUUUCUAGCUAAAAUCUUGAAUUGUAAAUUAUCCAUUAAGUGGAUAAGAAGGAAGAUAAGCAUUUUUGAAACUGGGUAAAGUGACAAGAGAGUUUACAUCACAGACAUUGAAGAAACAAUCGGCUCAGGGGACAGUGAUUCUAACACGGGGGUUUUUACUCAGUUAGGAUCCUAAACAUAGUCAGUUCUGUAAAGCAGGCAGAAGAUAGUCAUGCACAGGGACUGGGCUGGAUUAGCACACAGUUAAGGUUUUUUAAAGCAAGGUGGAUGUCUGCCUUUAUAAAGGUGUGAAGGACAAAAGCUAUCUUACGUAACAAGAAUUAGAAUUAGAAUGAGCCAACUAAAGAAGAAAGAAUAAAUGAUCUGACAAAAUGUUGUCAUUCCAAAGACUUCAUCUACACUCGAAUAAUUCCCAAUUUCCAGCUAAGACCUCAGCUCUGAGUCUCAUUGCCACCUGGCACACACAUAAAUGCUGUACAACGCUUACCCAACCCCUGUUGGGGAGUGACCCUGACAGUAGUUGCCUGAAGUGGGGAACCUCAAAAUGUCCUCCAAGCUAUCCAGCUGUUUAUCCCUAAUCCCACCCAUUGGGAUCAGUCUACUUCCCUUGCCAUGAAGGUACCACAGAGUGGGUAGCUCAAACAAAUGCCAUUUAUUUUGUCACAGUCCUGACAUCAAGGUCUGGCAGAUUCCAGUGAGGGCGCUCUCUCUCUUCCUAGCUAAUAGACAGCUGCCUUCUCUGUGAGCCUUCACAAGUUUUCACUGAUUGUGAAUAUUUGGCAAUAUCUCUUAAAGAAACACUAAUCUUGCUGGGUGGUGGUGCACACCUUUAAUCCCAGCAUUUGGGAAACAGAGGCAGGUGGAUCUGUGUAUGAGGCCAGCCUGGUCUACAGAGAGUUCCAGGACAGUCAGGGCUCCACAAUAAGAAAUUCUGUUUCAGGGGCUGGGGAUUUAGCUCAGUGGUAGAGCGCUUACCUAGGAAGUGCAAGGCCCUGGGUUCGGUCCCCAGCUCCGAAAAAAAGAACCAAAAAAAAAAAAAAAGAAAGAAAGAAAGAAAUUCUGUUUCAAAAAAAGAAAAAGAAAGGGAGGGAGGGAGAAAGGAAGGAAGGAAGAGAGGAGAGAAAGGGAGAGAGGAAAAGAGAGAGAGGGAGAGAGGGAGGAGAAACGCUAACCUUAUCUGAUCAGGGCCCUACCCUUAACUGUAAUUACUUCCUUACAAGCCCUGUCUUCAGUUACAAUCAUGCCAGAGAGAUAGGACUUUAACUUAUAUUCUUAGGGAGAGGGACACAUUCGGUCUUAGAUGUCCUCCACGUAUAUGACCACUCUUUGUUCUGUUGUCUCCCUGCUUCAGUUCCCACAUUGGCCUUCCUGCCCACAUCACCCUUCACAGUCCACAUAGAACCCUUUCCAAAAUAGGCAGCAGAUUACUGGAUGUCUCUCAAGCAGCAUUCCUGACAUCGUAUCACCUCUUUGCAUCCUCCCAACAAUCCUGCAAAGUGAUAGAAACCCAAGGAAGUCCCAGAGAGGUUAAGUGAAGGUCCAGAGUUACUCAGAGUCAGGUCUGAAUGCAAACUGAGCUCUGAAACACAUGUUCUUUCCAUGUGGUACAAGCACCAGAAAGGGCUCUAGACCCAAAUACCCAGGACAAUUAGUGAUGAGCAGAUAAGUUUGUGUAUAAUGUAACCUCAGCUUCUCCAUCAGUAUUUAUGGCAAAGCUGAUUUAUUUUUCUGAUUUCAUUAAGAAACCCAGGACCUCUGAGUUGCUACUUCUUUGGAAAUGACAAGUUAAUAUUUUCUAACACAAAUUAAAAUUUUCUAUUUUUCCUGUCAAGGAAGCGUUCUUAUAUGUGACUCCAAUUAUUUAUUAACAAAUUUACUUGUACUUUUAAGGGUAGAAAUUUUACCAGCAUAAAAUAACAGAUGAACUACUGCUUUGUUUUAAUUUUCUGCUAGCUAAUGGUCUGGCCUCCAUUCACUGCAGCAGGGUACCGCUUCAACUCACCAGAUCAGAUUGAAUCAACCGAGUGAGACCUGCGGUUGCCCAGUCUUUGGACACCGCUGAGGUGUGGAGGGGUGUUGCUCUCCAGCAUUUUUCUAGCAGUUGCUCUGGUCACUUUUGCACACCCAGCCCCCACAGUCUCAACCAAAUACACACACAGGCUGCCUUUCUCCUUGCCUUGGUGUUGAGGGCAUCAUUUCUGCAGACAUAAAGUUAGCGUUGCCUUUGUUUCAAAAAAGUACAAAGUGAUGCUUGGAGAGGUACCCUGCCUGAGCUGCUGGUGAUUCUGGGGAAACAGCCCAUUCAACUCCAGUUGGUUUUGUUAUCCAGGAGAGGCAGAGGCAUUCAGGAACCUGACCGCACUUGGAGCCUCCAGGGACCGUAGUCUCACUCAGAGCUACAUAUUCAUUAAGGGUCACCCCAGGUGCUGGUCUGUGGUCGGAGGGCCUGUGGGCUCCAGGCCACCUGGUGGACAGGCAGGCAGGCGCAUGUCUAGACCACUGCUGGCUCCGGGGCCACUGCUUUGCUGUGCUGGGUAAAUGGCCCUCUUUCCAUGCCCCCCUUUCCCCCCCAGGCUUGCCCUGCCCCACUACCGCUAACUGCUGCCUAUUUAAGCUGGAGGCCCUGACUCCCAGCCAGACACAGCCAGCUUCCAGAACCAGGAGAGUGAUGCAGCCUGCUCCGCUCACCCAGGGAUGAAAGGUCCUUCUGUUUCACCACUUCCAACCUAUGCCAUUUCUAACCGGUCCUGAUUGCCUGGACCUCUUGUCUCCAGAGGCAAGGACACAAGGCCCAAGUGACCCCUCCUCAGGUUUUCAACAAGCUUCCAUGUCCCAGCAUGGCCCCUUAAAGUGAACCAUGACUGUCUGUGGGACACUCACCACUGAUCAUCCAGAGUCCCAUCUCACCAGGAGGUGACCUGUCCUCCACCCUCCACCUGCCCCCGCCUGGGAAAGUGCUGCAGCUGCCACGGACACCAUGUAGUAGGGCCGGCUGCGGCGCCCAGUGAGCUGCAAUGGUUUUGUACACGACCCCCUUUCCUAACAGCUGUCUGUCUGCCCUCCACGCUGUGUCCUGGGCCCUCAUCUUCCCAUGUUACUGGCUGGUGGACCGGCUGGUCGCCUCCUUCAUACCCACCACCUAUGAGAAGCGCCAGAGGGCAGAUGACCCUUGCUACCUGCAGCUGUUCUGCACCGUACUCUUCACGCCAGUCUACCUGGCUCUGCUUGUGGCUGCGCUGCCUUUUGCCUUUCUUGGGUUCAUCUUCUGGUCUCCACUGCAGUCUGCCCGCCGGCCCUACUCCUACUCCCGGCUAGAAGACAAGAGCCCAGCUGGUGGGGCAGCCCUGCUUAGUGAAUGGAAGGGCACAGGGGCUGGCAAAAGCUUUUGCUUUGCCACAGCCAAUGUCUGCCUCCUCCCUGACUCGCUCGCAAGGCUCAAUAAUGUUUUCAACACCCAAGCCCGGGCCAAAGAGAUUGGGCAGAGAAUCCGCAAUGGGGCCGCCCGGCCUCAGAUCAAAAUCUACAUUGAUUCCCCCACCAACACCUCCAUCAGUGCAGCCAGCUUCAGCAGCCUGGUGUCGCCGCAGGGCAGUGAUGGGGCCAGAGCUGUUCCUGGGAGCAUUAAGAGGACAGCCUCUGUGGAAUACAAGGGAGAUGGUGGGCGUCACCCCAGCGAUGAGGCUGCCAAUGGCCCAGCCUCUGGGGAACAGGCUGAUGGAAGCCUUGAGGACAGCUGCAUUGUGCGAAUUGGUGGUGAGGAAGGAGGCCGGGCACAGGAAGCUGAUGACCCUGCUCCUGGGAGCCAAGCCAGGAAUGGGGCUGGUGGGACCCCAAAGGGCCAGAUGCCCAACCACAAUCAGCGGGACGGGGAUUCUGGGAGCCUGGGCAGCCCCUCCGCCUCCAGGGAGUCCUUGGUGAAGGCACGGGCUGGACAAGACAGUGGUGGCAGCGGAGAGCCAGGCAGUAACAGUAAGCUGCUGUAUAAGACCUCUGUGGUGAAGAAGGCAGCAGCCCGCAGGAGGCGCCACCCUGAUGAAGCCUUCGACCAUGAGGUCUCAGCCUUCUUCCCAGCCAACCUGGACUUCCUGUGCCUGCAGGAGGUGUUUGACAAGCGUGCAGCUGCCAAGUUGAAAGAGCAGCUACAUGGCUACUUCGAGUACAUCCUGUAUGAUGUUGGGGUCUAUGGCUGCCAUGGUUGCUGCAAUUUCAAAUGUCUCAACAGCGGUCUCUUCUUUGCCAGCCGCUACCCUGUUAUGGACGUGGCCUAUCACUGUUACCCCAAUGGGUGCAGCUUCGAUGCCCUGGCCUCUAAGGGAGCUCUGUUUCUCAAGGUGCAGGUGGGAAGCACACCUCAGGACCAAAGAAUUGUUGGGUACAUCGCCUGUACACACCUGCAUGCCCCACCAGAGGACAGUGCCAUCCGGUGUGAGCAGCUGGACCUGCUUCAGGACUGGCUGGCUGAUUUCCGAAAAUCUACCUCCUCGACCAGCACAGCCAACCCCGAGGAGCUGGUGGUGUUUGACGUCAUCUGUGGAGAUUUGAACUUUGAUAACUGCUCUUCUGAUGACAAGCUGGAGCAGCAGCAUUCACUGUUUACUCGCUACAAGGACCCCUGCCGCCUGGGGCCUGGGGAGGAAAAGCCUUGGGCCAUUGGCACCCUGCUGGACAUAAACGGUCUCUAUGAUGAGGAUGUGUGUACCCCAGACAAUCUUCAAAAGGUCUUGGAGAGUGAGGAAGGCCGCAGGGAGUAUCUGGCCUUUCCCACCAGCAAGAGCCCAGGGGCUGGACAGAAGGGACGGAAAGAUCUGUUGAAGGGCAAUGGCCGCCGCAUCGACUACAUGCUGCACGCUGAAGAGGGGCUGUGCCCUGACUGGAAGGCUGAGGUGGAAGAAUUCAGUUUUAUCACCCAGCUGUCCGGCCUGACCGACCACCUCCCCGUGGCCAUGCGGCUGAUGGUGUCUGCAGGGGAAGAGGAGGCGUAGACCAGCCAUGCCACUGAUCUCGAGCAGUGGGGCCUCUGCCAGCCCUUCAAGCCACAGCCCAUGUCUGGCUGUGUCCCCUCCACUGAGCACCUAGUGCUGCGGGGAGGAGGGCAGGGGCAGGGAAGAGCGAGCCCACCAAUCCCCUGCAAGCCUGCAAGCCAGGCUGCUCUGUGCCUCUGGGCCAUCUCUGCGGACAGAGGACUUGGGCCAGCCUGGGAGCCCCAGCCCUCUGACCAGUGCCAUUCUUUCCAGUCACGAUUUUCUACAAAAAUACACAGCACAACACAGUUUGUAACCCAAGGGUUCGUAUGAGGACCGGGUUUAUGUUCUCUUUGUAUCUCUUCUCGAGCUUUGUCCAGGGUUCAUCGCUUUUGUCUGCUGCCAAUGUUGUCUCGCAUGCCUGCACCCUCGCAUGCCCGCUGCCCGCAUGCCGUGUGCCACACUGUAGCACCCACCUAGACUCCUUGCUCGGGCCUCACCUAAGGCCAAACUCAAAACACAAAACAAUCAGAACCAGCCAAAGAAGCACUUCCUGGGCACAGUUGCCAUCUCCCCUCCAGCUCGGUGGGGGUGUGACUGACGGCUGUCAUUACCUGCCAGCCCAGGCCUCUUCCCAGGGUCUUGCAUUCAAGGGCGAUUACAUUUUAAGAUGAAAACAGAAAACGUUAAACACAAAAUCACCCUUCGGUUAGGGUCUGUAAGUCACUGGGUAGAACUGUGCUCUUCCCCAGCCUACACAGAGGGUCCAGCUGGCUCUGGCCACCCCAGCAGCUCCUGUAGGGGACUGACACCAGCUGUGGGGCCCUAGCAGGAAAUCCCAGAGGGAUCACUUUUGUACAGGAAGGGGACCCAGAGCAUGGGGGGAGGGUUCAGAUUUUGAAGACGACAGGUUUGUAGCUUCUUCCUACCCAAUAUGUCCUCUUCUAUGGGGCCCCUUGGGUUAACCUCUUCCUGAGGACUUCCCUCAUCCAUGUGUGGCUGAGCUCAGGAACACUUGCCUGCCCCAAGUCAGGUUGCACCUCUGGCCUCCCAGGCCCACCCUUCCUCAGUGGCUAACCUGAAUGAAGUGGCAGGAAACCAAGAUAUAGAGAAUGGCUUCUUCACCACUGAAAGCUCAGGUGGCCAGCCAACAGCUACUCCUUGUCUAGGGCAGGGCUGAUUCCAGACAGCAUCCACAAGCCACUCUUGCCACUGUGACUAGAGCCAGCCCCAAGCUCAGCACAGUCAGGCUGCUAGAAGCCCACUGCUCUCCACCUGUCCUGCUCAGGUGCCCAAGAGCGCACUGACUCCGCCAGCCUCCCUUCAGAGAGCAGAGGCUGAUCCCUGACUACAAAAGGAAGAUAGUCUGUCUCAGGCUGCUGAGCUACUGAUUUGAGGGACUUCUGAUAUCCCUGAUGGUCUCUUCAAAGUCCUUUGAUCUUGUAUCUGGCCUGGCUCAAGGCCAACUCUGCCUUGUGAUGGAGGGAGCAUCAGGCCCCUGCUGUUGGGACCUCUAAAAUGCUGGUGCCCUGAAGCUGUGCCUUGUCACCCAUUGAGUAGCAAGAGGAAUCCAGAGAGGCACACAUUUAACAGAUGCCAGGCCCUGUGCUGAGUGGAUCCUUCAGAGUAUGGCAGCUUGGCACUAGGGCAUUUACAGCUGGUGACACUGGCCUCUUAACCUCUUGGCCUAGAGAACCCUGCCCAUGUUUGAGUGUCCAGAGCUAGGACAGCCUUGCUGGGCUCUCUGCUAUGCCCCUCUUCUGCCAGGGCCUGACCUCCCAGGAAUCUGGGAGGUCCUCAUGGAAUGAAAGGUCCCUACUCCUGGAAACAACCAAGAUUCUAACAUUCAAGGCACCAUUGGGCAGGCCUAACCCCUAAACCAAUGGCACUGUGUACAAGGAAAGUAGAUGAGGCCAAGGCCACGGCUGGGGUCCCUAAACCUGGGUUAGGGUAAAACGUUUGGAGUCAGAGCCGCAUCCUUCUCUCCUUCCCAACUCCCAGGGCGGCCUUAGGCAAGUCAAACAGCCUUGUGCCUCUGUUAUUACAAGGUCACCUCUACACAGUCAGGUUCUGAAGCCCAGAGGAGGGACAGCCUGCCUUCAGGUCCCCUACACUUCUCAGCACUGAGGCCAUGACCAUCCGCCACAGUUCACUGUGGUUUGCCUGUGGACUCAGGGCUCGUGUACUGCCAGGCCUUUCUAUUUCAACUUUUAAAACAGAAGAGACAUUGCCAGGAUUCCAGAUUCCGUGACAAGGCCGACACAGGGGCAGUCACAGGGACCACUUGAAUCCUAACCGGCUCUGCCUGUCCAGGACCUCUCAAGGAAACAUAGAUAAGUGUAUUAGUUUAGGAAAGACCAUUCAGUUCAUCUUUAUUUGUCCAAAACCACCUGGAGUUUUAAGUAUGAAUAUUAACCUUGAUGCUUUUUAACUAUUGUAUUAACUUGCUCAGAUUUAGAAAUACUGUUUUAAAAGAAAACGAAGAAACUUUUUUAAUUUCUGUAUUUUUUUCUGUAUUGUAUCCUCAUGGGACAUUAGGGGUUUUAUAUGGUAAGACACCCAAGGUUUUGGUAAAACAUUAUCAAAUAUAUAUCCAGACGAUUCUUCCCUAGAAGAAAAAACAAUCUUUAUGCCUGAUUUUAAAAAGUUGAAAAGAGGUGGAUUUUUCCUUUAUGGUGCUGAAAGGAAGGAUGGAGAAUGAGGAGAAAAUAAAACUGUGAGGCUCAA